AUGCUAGCCAAAUACGGAACGUGGCUACAAGUUGCGCGCGGACGUCCACGACCUGCCUCGACACCGAGGCAUUUGUAUGUCACCAUCAAAGCGGCUGUAUUUCUAUUAGAAUGGUAUCCGCAUCCGCCCAAGGUUCAGCCCAAGGAAUAUAUCAUCCCCCUCAAGACACACAAGCUCACUGUAUUCCUCGUUGCAUCCAUUACCAAUACAAUCAGUGCUGUCAAAGAAGAUGCGCUGGAUGCCCUAAAAGCAAAAGUUACACAAGCCCCUAAGCCUCACGUUACGCUGAGUGCAAGCAUGGAUACCGACGAAGAGUCGGAUUUCGUGCCAAAUGUGAUAAACCUCGAAGACUUUGAAUUGUGUAGGGGAAUAAGGGAACGAGGUCGAAUGAAUGGAAAGUUCGAGAUUCUCGAUCAAAACGCUACGGUAAAAAAUGCGCUGGUCAAUUGGGAGCCCGUCUUCGUGCAGUUCAGAGACGCUAAUGGCCAACUAUUGCCCGUCGAGGUUUCCCUGCCCCCACUGUUAGAUGAAGAUGACGAAGAGGCUGAGCUGGCGGCUGCUCGCAAGGGGAAGCGCAAACCACCUGCAGAUGCUGCAUGA